AGAGUCAGAGAUGCCGCUGAUAGUGAAAGAUCACACAUGGACACAAAACCAGAACACAGUUUACAUUUGCGUCCCUUUAAAAGGAGUGAAGACCGCUAACGUUCAUGUCAUCUGCACGGAUGAGUAUCUGAAGGUGAGUUUCCCACCGUUUCUGUUCGAGGUUUUCUUAUUUGGGCCAAUAAAUGAGGAGAAAAGUGAAGCCAGGAUUGGAAACGGUGUUGCAGUUUUCACACUGCAGAAGAGGAGAGAUGAAUUGUGGGAGCAGCUCUUUACAAACAUUGAUAAAGAGAAACAGAAGCAGGUUCGAGAACAAGCAAUUCUCAAAGUUCAGGAGAAAGAAGCAGAAAAGUCUAAAGCCAAAGCCGCCAGGAUUCAACAGGAGAAGAAAUAUGCGCUGGAAACCAUGAUGAAGCUUGAGAAUGAGGAGCGGGACAGGAUUCAGAAGAUGAAGGAUGAAGAGUGUGCGAGAGCCACGGUGGAACUGGAUUUCUGGAGAGAAAAGCAGAGAAAAACAGCAGAGGAAAACGACAACCAGAGAAAGCUGCAAGGAGCCGGCAAGCAUGAAAACAAACCGGUUUAUCAGAAAACAGAGCGUGCAAACGUUACACCUGCAAUCACGCCACUGCUCAAUACUGCCAACACUACAUCUGGGCAGAGAAGCAGCAAACAGAAGCCAAAAGAUCUACCUGCUCCCAGAUCAGCUGGCUGUAUUAAGAUCAGCUUCACUCCACGAGUGUUUCCCACCGCGCUGAGAGAGUCUCGUGUCCCGGAGGAGGAAGAGUGGUUGAAGAAGCAAGCGGAGGCCAGGAGAGCAGUGGACACGGAUCUGGCCGAACUGGAUGAUCUGAGAGAGGAAGAGAGAAACCCAGACUGGCUGAAAGAGAAGGGCGAUAAAUUGUUCAUGGCAGGAAACUUCCAGGCCGCUGUCAACGCCUAUAAUCUCGCCAUAAAACUCAACAGGAAGAUCCCGGCUUUAUUUUCUAAUCGAGCGGCCUGUCAUCUCAAACUGAGAAAUCUUCACAAAGCCAUCGAGGACAGCUCUCAGGCCCUUGAGUUGCUGACGCCUGCGGUCGCUUCAAACGCUGCGGCUCGACUGAAAGCUCAUGUGAGGCGAGGAACAGCGUUCUGUGAGCUCCAGCUCUAUGUGGAAGGUCUUCUGGACUACCAAGCGGCUCUACAAAUCGACCCACAAAAUGAAGCCCUGCGAAAUGAUACAGACAAGAUUCGUGAGGUCAUACAGGGCACCACGUCACCAUCCAGCUCCUAAAAAUCCACAGCAUGCCAACUAGGAUAAUGGGUACAGCUGUAAUCAAUGCAGAAAUGUACCUGAACACACAUGAACAUGUUAUGUUUUAAUGAAACCACACAUAAAGUCUGGUUGGGCUGAAGAAAUGGUUUAUUUAUAUUAACCUUUUACUAAUCGUCUUCCCAAUAAAACUACAUUCACUGUU